AUGGGCCUCCUCACGCUCCUCCGCAAGCUGAAGAAGGACGACAGCGAAGCGCGCAUCCUCGUGCUCGGUCUCGACAACGGCGGGAAGACGACGAUCCUCAAGAAGCUCUCGGAGGAAGACAUUAGCCACAUCAUGCCGACGCAGGGCUUCAACGUCAAGAGUCUGCAGGUCGACGGCUUCAAGCUCAACAUGUGGGAUAUUGGCGGCCAAAAGACCAUUCGGCCCUACUGGCGAAACUACUACGAGCAGACGGACGCUUUGAUCUAUGUCAUUGACAGCGCGGACCGCCGCCGCUUGGAAGAGACGGGCGUCGAGCUCAACAACUUGCUCGAGGAAGAGCGUCUUGCGAGCUCGCCGUUGCUGGUGUUUGCCAACAAGCAGGACUUGCUGAACGCGCUGCCAGCUUCCGAGAUCUCGACCGCGCUCAACCUGCACACGUUGCGCGACCGCAACUGGCACAUCCAAGCGUGCUCGGCCAAGUCGGGGAAGGCCUCCAGGAAGGCAUGGAGUGGAUAG